GUCAGCAAGAAUUAUCACUUAUAAAUAAAAGUCAAUAUUUUCUGUCAAAAGUUGUUUCGUAAUACUAUUCAAUACUAAUUAAAAUGUUUCUGAAACCUUUCAAAGUGAAAUCUAAUAAUCAGCUAAAAGGAACCGAUAGGAAAAAAUUGUCCGAAGAUGUGGCUAGUCGAUUUCCCACACUGUCAGAAACUGAUAUUCUGAGUUUGCUCCCUAAAAAGGAGUCCAUCACUGUUAUGAAAAUUCUGACACACAAUGGAGAAAUUUGUAAACUAUACUGUACAGCUAGAAUUCCAAUGUUUUUUCAAAUGGAUUCACCGGAUUUUGUUUUAUUCCCCACGAUUUUUACACUGUGGCAAUUCCCCAAUCUGUUGUAUACAUUUACAACUCAUCGUUCAGUAACAACCAAACUAUCCAGUGGUGCUAGCUUAAUGCUGCCUGGUGUUAUCCUGGACGGACCACCGACACUGCGGUCUUAUGGCCGAUUACAAAAACAUACUCCGGUCUCGGUGAAUACUGACGAUAACAAGGCUCCAGUGGCGGUCGGCAUCACGUCGCAUUCAUCUGAGGAUAUGUACAUGUCGGCGGGUCGUGGAAAAUGUGCUGAUAUUUUGCACGUAAUCGGGGACGGACUCUGUCAAUUGGGAAAGCCUCCAGUGAGGCCUGAACUGGGACCACCUGGUGAUGAAGGAUCGACGAACACGGAAGCUCAUGAUGAAGAGCCGGAAUCGACAACGAUUCCUACACCGGAAUCUGCUGCGAGUAUUGAGAGAUUGACGGAAGCUUUGGACAUAUCGGAAUCUGCAGAGGCAAGUAGCGAUACUGCGCAUGAAAGCCCGGAAAAAGCUGAGGUUGCGUCUGCCCCGUCAGAAGAAUUGACGUUGGAUCCAGUUGAGGAAAUGGACAGUCUUCUCGAGUACUCAUUUUUAAAGGCCUGUAAAAAAAUGAAAAAAUCCGAUCUACCCAUUUUGAGUUCAAACUUCUUCAAGAAUCAUCUAAUCCCGGCAUGCCCACCUGAUAAGUCCCUAGACAUGAAAAAAUCGUCCUACAAAAAAAUAUCGGUCUUUCUAGCCAAGAUGAAGUCAAUGAAAGUCAUCGACACGACGAUAAUUAAAGGUGUUGAAAGUAUAGUGUAUAUCCAGACUGAAAAUCCUUUAUUAAAAAAGCUAGUGAUAAAUGAAGAAUCAGAAGAAGCCUCAGAAAGACCUCCUAAUGCGCCAGUUGUGGCUGAGUGUUUUAAAAUCACUGCGGAUGUAACUCCAAUUCUCUCAAAAUAUGGAUAUGAAAAGGGUCAAGUGAUGAAACGACCGGAGAUUCGAAAGUGCUUUCUAGAUUAUGUGAAAAAGGAGAAUCUCCAGGAUGGAAGGAUAUUAAAAUUAAACCCCCAACUUGCCCAGAUAUUCAAGACUAAGGAGAACGUUGAGACUUUGCCAUUGGACGAUGGAAUCAACAAAUUUGUGGGCCGCAUGACACACACACAUGAGAUAACGGUUGGUGGCGUUAGUUUCCUGCAUGUUGGCAAAUUGGAACCCAUAGAUAUCACUGUCACAACGCGCAGUAAUAAUAAAAAAGUCACCCUGGUUAAUAAUUUAGAACAAUUUGGUAUUAAGCUUGAUGAGUUCAGUAAAGAGUGUCAGGGUAUCGGGGCUAGUGCUACCAUUACAGAUGUUCCUGGAAAAAAAACGCCGAGUGUUCUUGUGCAAGGUAAUCAGGUUAUUUAUGUUUACAAAUUGUUGACGGAAAAUUAUAGGAUAAAUAAGAAUUAUAUACGAGGACUGGAGUUUGCGCCCAAAAAACGUAAGUGAUUCUUUUCUACAUUUGUCUGAUGAUAAUAAAUCAGGUUAUGAUGCGCAAAAGUUAUGUGGAAAACAUGAAAUUUGUAAGAUUAUAACGAAAUAAAAAAUCAGUAAAAAAUCCAACCUGAAAUAUUGGACACUACGGCACAUAAAAUAAAAACCCAUAACACAUAA